CCUCCUGGGGUAGUUCUUUUGAAGAUAGAAGAAAUCGAACGAAAAACGAAGAUUUUGGAAGUAUCAACCCAAAUUUCAAGCGGUUAUAUCAGCAUUAAAGGUCUGAAAGCAUUCAAAGCGUUAAAUAUAGAGAGGGAGUUGUCCCCUGAUUAUAGCCAUGAGGAGAUUGUGGCGAAUAUUAAUAUGUUAAAAUACAAGCUCGAGCAUCCUGGAUCAGAGAUUGAUGCGAAUCUUUACAGAUCGCUUAACGAUGAUUCGGGUCUAAUAAAAAAUUUGGGGCGUGGGCAAAAGAAAGUUUUUUUGGAACCGCGGGAGAAUAUGAAAUGCGCUAUCCCUGAAUCGGUUACAAGGAUGUGCGAUAAAUUUGUGGGUGGGUUUAAUAUUUCGAAUACGUCACAAGCCACGAGAAAUAUUUUUCAUAACAAAAAAUGGAAAGAAAGCGAACAUAAGUUGGUGGAAGCUAGCGAACGAAUUCUUGGUGCACUUGGUGAAACAUGGAGUAACCCAGUAUUCAUGAGUAGCAUAUCACGUAGUGAGCAAAGUGAAGGGACAUAUAUUUCGGAUAUUAUAUUGCCUUUGCUCCGAUCGAGUUUAGGAGACCUACUUAAUGGUAAUAUCUGUUUAAGUACAGCAGAACGGCAGAGCCUAGCAAGUAAGGCUCGACGAAACGCAGGAGCAGUCGGAGAACGAAUGGGGAAGAAACCUGAUAUUAUGGGACUGUUGAAAUGGGGUGACAAAUUUUUAGAAUUACUAUAUGUUGAAUCUUCGCGUAUUUUAUGCAGUAAUUCAAAGAUAAUGGAUGAUGAUGUGAAAUUGUGGAGAGAGACUUUAGAUGGAGUGAGCUUUGUGGAUGCGCUGUGUAGACCGGUUGGCAAUCAAUUUGGGAUUGUCGGAAUACAAAUCGCUGGCACUACUAUGCGAUUAAAUGUUCUUAUGAAGGAUCUGGGUGGUAUACCGAGAUAUUUCCAUCUUGAUAAUGCUGAAAUUCCAUUAUCACCACACGCAUCGAAUACUAAAGCUCUCGUUCGCUUAUUAUUGACUUAA